AUGGAAAAGUCCAAGUUAGCCAAAGUUGAAAAAGUUUUAGGAAGGACUGGAAGCAGAGGAGGAGUCAUACAAGUCAGGGCCCAAUUUAUGGGCGAUACAGAAUUGUCAGGCAGAUUUUUAAUCAGGAAUGUUAAGGGCCCAGUGAGAGAAGGAGAUAUUUUAGCCUUACUCGAAACGGAAAGAGAAGCAAGAAGAUUGCGCUAA